AUGAUAAAAUCUGAUAAAUUUAUCGCGAGUUCCGUAGCUAAAAUCGAUAGUUUUCUUGAUAUUUUAGAAUCUUCAGACGGCGAUGUCGUCCAGGCUUCCGCUUCGAGCAAAAGGUGUUAUAAUUACGUCGCUAAACCGGAAGAGACCGGAACUACAACUUUUGAUAAUCCUUCGGUUAUGGUUAAACGGCGUAGAGGAUCUGGUUCUCUCUCAAUCCCAAUGACCCGGGGUGGCUCCCUUCUGGAGGAAUCCUCCGCUUCUCGCCACGUGACUUCGAACGUCGUCCAUACAAUAAUGCAAAAUAUGGACUUUACUCGUGGCAAGGGCCUGGGUAAGAAAAAUCAUUUUAUCGCUGAGCCCAUUCAGGCUUCUUUGCAUAAGGGUCGACGAGGUUUGGGUCAUAGUAACCAAGCUCUGAUCAAAGCCAUUGGGAAAUGGGAUCCAUCCCAAGAAAUCAUAAGCGUUAGGGAGAAAAUCUACUGGUUGAGAAAUGAUCAGGAACCACCAAUAGCAGAGGAUUUCAGGGGUUGGAUGCGCAGGGCUCCCUGGAAAAAGACCAUUGAUGAUGAAACUUUAUUUUGCGAGCCCCAGAUCCUUCACCAGGUCAUAAGCUCGAAGAGCAUUUUCGAUGGUUUAGAAAAAUCUGAAAUACAAAGGGCGAGGAUUCAUUCGAAUCCCUUUGAAACAAUCAGAGGUGUAUUUUUUCUUAAUCGAGAUGCUGUAAAAAUGGCUAAUAUUGACAGAGCCUGCAAUUUCAUGUUCACUAAUCCAACAACGGCAAAUCCAAAUGAGAUCCUCUACUUCGCCGACGUAUGCGCCGGUCCUGGAGGAUUCAGUGAAUAUGUCCUGUGGAGGAGGAAGUGGCAUGCAAAGGGCUUUGGAUUCACCCUGAGGGGCUCCAACGACUUUCAAUUACAUAACUUUUACGCUGGACCACCAGAAACUUUUCAUCCUUUUUAUGGACCCAAGGGUGAUGGUAAUAUUUAUGAUCUGGAGAAUCAACUCGCCUAUCAACAACUUAUCAUGAAUCAUACCCAAGGACAGGGUGUUCACUUCAUGAUGGCUGAUGGAGGAUUUUCGGUUGAGGGAAUAGAAAGUAUUCAGGAGAUUUUGUCGAAACAGUUAUACUUGUGCCAAUGCCUGGUGGCCCUUAAGAUUGUGCGGACAGGUGGACACUUUGUUACUAAAUUGUUCGAUCUGUUCACACCAUUCAGCGUGGGAUUGAUUUACUUGCUAUACAGAUGCUUUGAAAAAAUAUCAAUUUUCAAGCCGAAUACAUCUAGACCUGGCAACUCUGAAAGGUGUGUAUUGUCUAAUUUUUACAAUAUAAAAUACAUUUUUUUUUUUUGUAAAUUUUCCAAUAAUUUCAUUAAUUUUUCUUUCUCGUGUUCUAGGUACUUGAUUUGCGAGAAGAAGAAGAGUGAAAUUGAGGCUGUGAUCAACUAUCUUUCAUAUGCUAGGGAAGUUCUUCUGAGGGCUGACGGGAACGGCGAUAUCAGGGAAUUGGUACCUGUGGAGUUGCUCCAAGAUGCCGAUAGCUUCUACAACUAUAUUUGUAGUUCCAACAACGAUCUGGGAAGGAAACAAGUGAUGGGACUCUUGAAGAUCGCUGCCUUUGCCGAGAAUCGGAACCUCUCUGAGCCGAAGCAGACGCAGAUGAAGAAGGAGUGUCUUGAAUAUUGGCAUCUACCGGACCAGACUAGAAUAGUCCCCAUGCUCUUGAAACCAGAGGAGAGACUUCGUUCAAUCGUCGUCGAAUCUGUUGUAAAGUACCUGAGCGCUCCUCCCAUGAUUUUGACUUCUAAGAAUGUGACAACGACUAUCCUGGAAAAUCCCUGUGAUUGGUAUGCAGUACUCUGUGGAUCGGAUGCCAGUGGAACAACACCUAGCAAACAAUUGACUUUCUACUUGGGUAUGGGAAGAACCAAUGUCUUUAGGUUGGUGAAGAAUACCUGGGAGAGGGCCGACAAUAUUGAACUGCCUCCUAAUACAUUUGUUUAUGCUGAACUGGUGGAGGAGAUGAGAGGACUGGAAAAUAAUAUCCGGAGAACUGAAGCAUUGCAUAUUGUCGAUGCGUAUCUCCUGGGAGGAGAGGAUGUCAGCAGAAAUUCACUUCCAGAAAGGUAUGCUCUCAUCAAUAAAUUCUGUGAGUCUCUGUGGAAGCCCAAUAACUCUGCAUAUUGUCCAGUUCGUGCCAAGGAAUUGCAUCCUCUGGAUCGUGAGUUACCCAUGAAACUUCAUGUACAACCGUGUACAUUGAUAAACAAGAAGAAAUUAUUAGUACAUUAUCUACAAGAUUCAUACCCGAGGAGGACACGCCCCGAUAACGAUCCACUAUCCUUUGUACCAAAUAGUGUGGUAUUCUUGAAGACAACUAGUGCACCCUGGACACGAAUUAUCAGUAGGAAAACUAGCCAUCAUUAUUACUUCAAUUCUAUGACGAAUGAAAAUUUUUAUGCUAAUCGUCGACCAGAAUCAGCUUGUGCUAGCUUCCUCGAGACAUUUGUCACUCGAAUUAGUGACAUAGAUUCAUCAAUACUUAGGAAGAAUUAA